UGUGGCACGUAGCCCGGUUCUGGAAACUUCAAGGUUGGAGAGCGCCUGACGGAGACAGAGAGGCCAGGGAAACCAAUUAACUUGGUUCACUCGAGAAAGAGGGAGGGAGAGGAACAAAGAAAAGAAGGUUGCUGAGGAAGUUCGACAUGGCAGUCCUAAAUUUUCUUUCAUGUCCUCCGAUGUUGAAACCAUUUGCGUUGCCAAAGCAGUUGAGGAGUGGAAUCAUUAGUUCGAGGAAUACUAGAAGAUGUAAUCAGGUGAAAGCGCUUUUCUUCAAUCCCAUUGAGGAACCCAUUGUUAGGGAAGCUCUUAAGGAGCCAGUUGCUUUCUUGGGAGGGGUGUUCGCUGGCCUUUUACGACUUGAUUUGAAUGACGAUCCGCUCAAGGAAUGGGUUUCUAGGACUGUGGAAGCCUCGGGGAUAACAACAGAAGAAAUUGAAGGAGAAGGGUCAAAACCAGCAGCAGAAGAAGAAGUGCCGCAACAGAUUGAGAUUGAAUGACUAGUAUCUCGGUUAGGAUACUUCUUCUUGUACAUUUGACGUGUCAUCUAUGCCAGACACGGAUGCAAUACCAUCAACACUUAAUACAUAAGUCAACUCAUAUACAUUUAAAAAAUAAAAAAUCCACACAUGAUUUGCGUUUUCCCUGUUUUUUCAUUGUGGUUGAGGUCCUAAUUUCUGACCUGUCUCCCGGUAUGUCUUGGAUUAGUGUGUGACUUUGAUUAGCUUUGCCCGGAGCAAAAAAUGCUUAGAU